UCAAGUAGGAAAGCCAAAAUCUAAUUACUAUGCUUUCUCCCAAUUUCAGCAAAGAGAAAUAUGGGACAAAUGGACCAAAUGACCAAUGAAGGUGCACAAAACCAAACAAAAGUAAUGGAAUUCAUUCUUCUUGGCUUCCCUGGAUCUCAUUACAUGCAAAUGUUUAUCUUUAUAAUCUUCCUUAUCAUGUACAUUCUAACAGUUUUAGGAAAUAUUAUCAUCAUCAUUCUCGUAAUCUCAAAUCAGCGUCUCCAUACUCCCAUGUACUUCUUCCUUUGCAAUCUUUCUUUUCUGGAAAUGUGCUAUACAACAGCUUCUGUUCCAAAGGCCCUUGCCACCGUUCUUGGAUGGAAUAAAGCCAUUUCUUCUACUGGCUGCAUUAUGCAGAUGUACUUUGUUUUUUCUUUGGGAUGCACAGAAUACUUCCUGCUAUCUGUCAUGGCUUAUGACCGAUAUUUGGCCAUAUGUUAUCCACUACGUUAUACCACCCUCAUGAAUUUCCAUCUCUCUAGCAUGCUAGCAGGUGGCUCUUGGCUCUGUGGAUUCAUUAUUAUUUCCGUACCUGCUUUGCUGAUCUCAAGGUUGACCUUCUGUGGACCCAAUGUGAUUAAUCACUUCUAUUGCAACAUUGAUUCCUGGAUAAUUCUGGCUUGCAGCAGCACCUAUGAUGUUGAAAUGGCAGCCUUUUUUAUAUCCAUCAUUGUUAUAUUGGGACCCUGUGCUGUAACUCUACUUUCCUACAUUUAUAUCAUCUCUACCAUCCUUCGUAUUCCUUCAGCCAAAGGGAAGCAAAAAGCAUUUUCAACAUGUUCCUCCCAUCUUGCUGUUGUUGUUAUUUGGUAUGGUUCCACUAUUUUUCUCUAUGUUAAGCCUUCUAAAAGGACCUCUUUAGAAAUGACCAAAUUAGUGAACAUUUUGAACAUAGUUGUAACUCCCUUGCUGAAUCCCUUUAUUUACACACUAAGGAACAAAGAAGUAAAGGACACAUUUAAGCAUAAACUAUGUUUCCAUUAA